GGCACUCGAAACAACAUACUCCAAAGUCCAAAAGAUUCAAAUCCCACAAAUUUUGAAUAACUAAAGAUAAAACAUUGCCAUUUCCCCCAAUUAUAUCCGACCCGAAUAAAUUCAAGUCGGGUCAAUCUUUAAAUUUCUGCCAGAAGUCUACAACCACGGUCGCCCAUAACUGACUGAACCCACCACCGGAUUUUCCCUCUCUUCCCAACUACGUUUGUAGUGAUACGAGAGCGUAGAAUUGCUGAAGAAAACAGUUGAGAUUAAUUUGGAGAUGAUCUGCUGAUAUGAAUAGACCAUCAGUUAGGCCACGUCCCUUAGACAUACACAAGAAGUUACCUAUAUUGAAAUCUAUCAAAGAUUUUGAAGAUGACGAUACUCCAACUUCUACCCGUACACAGUUGCUUCGCCUGAUUGCAGAACCUGACGAUACACAGGUACAACAAGUUGCUAGUAAGAAAACGGUUUCUGAAAUACCUAUUCCUGAAUAUGUUAUUGUGGAUACAUAUGAAAGAGACUACUCUCCAACUUUCAAGCAACCAACAUCUUAUUUACGUGCAAGGGGAGUGCGGGGUGAGAUUGGAGAGUUUGUUGAGUAUGAUCUUGACAAUGAGGAUGAAGACUGGCUUGAAGAGUUCAAUAAGGAAAAAGAUAUUCUUCCUGCUGAAAAAUUGGAGACCAUUCUCUUCAAGUUGGAGGUAUUAGAUCAUAAGGCAAGAGAAAAAGCAGGAGUUAUAAAUCCUACACUUGGUGCGCCUGUACCUGUACUUUUGACAUUCGAUGCUGCUGUUGAGGCUCUUCAAGCUCUGUCCAUAAAAUAUGGAGUGUUUCAAUCUAUCUACAACUACUGGAGAGAAAAGCGAGAAAGAUGGCAGAAACCUGUUUUGCGGCAUUUGCAGCCUCCUCCACCAGUUAAUGAUACCAAUCCAUACAAUGUAUUUAGACCAAGGGAAAAAGCUCAUAGGCUUCAUACAAGAAGAAUGCAAAGAAGGGAAAACAACGUGCAGUCAUUUGAAAAGCUUCGUCAAGUCAGACGUAAUCUUGAGCAAGCAAAGCUUUUGCUUGAGGCUGUAAUUAAGAGGGAAGAGAAAAAAAGAGAAGUUAUUGAAAGUGAAGUCACCCUUCAAAGGAUCCACACAAAGUACAAGAAUGAAACAGAGCUCCUUGAAGACAAUUUAGCCCUUCCUGGACCGCCAUCUUUUCUGUCCAGGCUUGCUUCAAGCGAGGAUGAAUUUGUAGAGUUGGAUGAUUAUCAUCAAAACCGUCUACAAAAUCAUGCUUUGAUGGACUCGAGAUAUCUAAUGCCUUCUGGGGGAAUGAUGAAGCGGGAGUUAAGACGUCCACCUGGGCCGUAUUCAUGGCUCCAGAAAUUGGAUCCACUUGAGCCUAUAUUACUUUUCACAAAGCCUCUGGAUCCAGCAAAGCUAGCAGCUGCAGGCAUUGUACCACCACCAGCCACUUCUGUACAAAAUGGCACAUCAUCACGUACAUACAAUCCGCGUGGUAGGAUUGGUAGAGGGGGAAGAAUCAUAUUCGAUAGGUGGAAUCCACUUAUGCAUACCCCAAUUGACUCCGGUGAUUCUCUAUAUGCACCCCCAUAAUCAUGACCACCAACACGUAACCGCUCUUUUAUUCCUACCACCACGCCAUACAAUCACCACCACUACUAGGUUGCUGCAUAUAUAUCGGACGAUCGUGAGAGUUCUGUAUCCCAUUCAUGUUAGAUUACAUAACACUAACAACGGUUCUACAACUUGAUGGUUCCUAUGUGGUAUUCUUCUGACAUUUCAAGUGAAUCAUGUAUAUAUACGCCUUCUUUCUAAAAGUAGCAAGGUAUUCACAUGAAAACAAAGCCUUUCCUUUUUGACAUCUUUGAAUGUGUUCGUAGUUUUAGAAAGCUGAUGUCGAUUAGCUGUUAUGCCACAACGCUUUUGUCUUGGCGCUAGUGCUACUUGGGAUGUAAUGUUACUUGAUGCUUAUUCUAGAUUGAUUUUAUGGAAUUUUAAUAAUAAGAAUCAUGGGUAUUGAAAUCUUGCCA